CAACCGUGUGGGGAGUGGUCAUGGUCAAUCCACGGCUUACUUCGUUGUUUAAAAAAAGGUGAAAACAGUCGAUAGUCGAGCGCCAGCAUCGAAGUUGCAGUUUGCAGUGCAUUUCAAAGAAGUGGUGUGGUGAAAGCUGGAAAAAAUGUGAUAAUUCAGGAAAGUGUGUCCUGAUGAAUUUAAUAAAAAGGCUGCAUUCGAAUUUUGACAACUGAAAUUGACUGCGGUUUGAAACAUGGAGAGCUGUGGCUAUUGUAUGAAAUACAGUUUAUUCAUUGUCAACCUGAUCAUUUUCAUAGGAGGAUUACUCGUAUUUGGUAUAGGAAUAUGGGUAGUAGUGGACAAAUCGUUUGCUAGUGAUUUGCUUGGCACCAACAUAUAUCUCGGUUCAGCAUACAUCAUCCUCAUAACCGGCAUUUUAGUAACCCUGAUAUCUCUUUUGGGCUGUCUAGGAUCCAUCAAAGAAGUAAAAUGUAUGCUUUUCAUAUAUAAUAUCACUCUGUUAGCAAUCUUUGUGACUAUGCUGGUAGGGGGAAUUUUGGGGUACGUUUUUCGAGAGAAAGUCGAGAAGACCAUAAGGAUAGGAAUGGAGAGUUCUUUAAGGGACUAUGGAAGUUACGCCCCUAUCACAGAAGCCUGGGAUGAAACACAAACCAGGCUACAAUGCUGUGGUAUUUUCGGUCCCAAAGACUGGGAAGGAAGGAUACCCGUUUCUUGUUGCAAACUGACCAGUGCCGGAAAAAGACUUGACUGUCAAGAUCUUCCGGAAAAUAACAGUUUCACAAUUUUCACUAGGGGUUGUUUGGAAGUCACCCAACAGUUUACGAAACAGUACGCGGUGAUAUUGGGUACUGCUGCCAUAGUGCUGUCUCUUUUAUUGAUUUUAGGAAUGGCAUUCUCGUGUUCCCUAUUCAGAAUGAUCGAAUAAAAUCAAGGCGUUCAAAGGUAUCUUGAAGAUAUAAUCUUCAACAUUUUCCAUUUUUUUAUCUAGUAUUAAGAUGAUUCAAAAAAUAUUAUAUUCUUGCAA